AUGGGUGGCAAGAGCAAAAAGAAGCGAGAUACUCCAGAAUCCUUCAAAGAAAAAGGUAACUCUGCUUUCAACAUGCACGAUUUUUCGAGGGCUCUUGAAUUAUACACAAAAGGCCUCGAAUUAGACCCAGCUCAUGUUAUACUUCUAACUAAUCGAGCAUCAGCUUAUAUAGAGCUUCGCCGCUAUGAAGACGCAAUCACAGAUUCAGCCAAAGCUAUAGAAACUGACCCUAACUGAAUCAAAGGCUACUACCGUAUGGCAGUUGCUCACAGGGAAUUAAGCAGAUUCCAAGAAGCAAUUGAUUAUGUACAUCGUGGGCUUGCAAUUAACCCUGAGUUUACAGAACUAUUAGCAUUAAAAAAAGAAAUUGAAGCUGAUAUGGAGAUUGAGACUGCACUUCCUUUGGACCACCCAGAAAGGAAAAAGUUUGAAAACCUGUUUAAUUGGCUGAUUGAAGGAGGAGCGAAAUUUCCAAAAAUAAAGCUGAGGUUUUAUUCAAAAGACUAUAGAGGAGUCCACAGUACAACUUUUAUAGCUAAAAAUGAAUGCAUAGUGGUUAUCCCAAGAUCUCAUAUAAUUACAUUGGAAAUGGCAAAAGCAACUCCAAUUGGCCAAAAAAUGGUUGCGGCGAAUUUAAAUUUAUUGUCUCCUAAGCACUCAUUUUUAUCUUCAUUUAUAUUGCAGGAAAAAGCAAAAGAGGAAAGCUGGUGGAAGCCUUAUUUAGAUAUUUUGCCUGAGAGCUAUUCUAAUUUUCCAAUAUUUUAUACAGAUGAAGAUAAAGAGUGGCUGACUGGAUCUCCAUUUUUGGAUCAGGUAAAUGAAAAAAUACAAGACAUUGAGGAGGAUUAUAAUUGUAUUGUAGACUAAAAAUAAAAAAUUAUGCCUUAUUGAGGUAGAUCAGCUAUAAAUUUUGUGAUAGUUUAGCAUAAAUUAAGUAUUUUUAUAGGAUUAUAUAGGUAAAUUUUACCUUAAUAUUGUAUAUUUUAUUAUUUUUAUAUAAAAAAAGAUUUUUAAAAAAAUUUAUUGUAGACGCUGUCCCAGAAUUUGCAAACUUCCCUCUUUUUGAAUUUUCUAAAAUCAGAAUGGGUGUAAGCUCCAGAAUUUUUGGAAUGCAAAUAGAUGGAAAUAAAACUGAUGGUUUUGUCCCUCUUGCUGAUAUGUUAAAUCAUAGAAGACCUCGACAAACUACAUGGUCUUAUGAAGAAUCAAAAAAUGGUUUUAUUAUUGAAGCUAUGGAAGAUAUUGAAAGAGGAAUUGAAGUAUUAGACAGUUAUGGUAAAAAAUGCAACUCAAGAUUUUUAUUCUGUUUUAUGAUAAAUUUAUUAUUAAAUUCAUAUUUUCGCUUUAAAAAUAUGAAAUUAAAAUAAGAAAGAAUAUUAAAUUAUGGCUUUAUUGUGAGAAAUAAUGAUGCCAAUGAAUAUCCAUUUAAAUGCAAAUUAAGAGAAGAAGACCCUAAUUUAAUGACAAAAAGAAGCCUAAUUGAUGGAAAUUCAUCACAAACUUUUAGAGUCCAAGCUGAUGAGAAAGAAAACGUUUUUAACGAAUUUCUGGGAUUUUUAAGGUUUUUGGAGCUGAAUGAUAUUUCAAUUUUGCCAAGAAUAAUGGAAGAGUGCCAAGAAGAGGAUCAGCCAGGCUUCAAACCUAGCAAAGUUAAGCCAAUUUCUUUGGCAAAUGAAAAAAGAGUUCUGCAGCAUGUUAAAAAGCUUUCAGAAAAUGGUAUAGCUUUAUAUCCAGAAACUUUAAUCAUCUUUAUUGUAAAUUUAACCCUUAGAUGCAUAAAAUACCCUAUUAUCAUCCUAAUAAAUUUAUUUUUUUUCUAAUUAAAAUAUUAAAAAAAUAAUCAUUUGUCUGACUCCCCCCCCAUCCUUGAUCGAACGACUCGCCAUCGUUCGAUCAAGGAUGGGGGUUAAAAAAAAUUUUUAUAUAUAAAAUAAAAAAUAUAUAUAUAUUUUUUUAUUUACUUUUAAAUAAGAGGGUUAAGGGCAUUUAAUAAUUAUUUUUACAGCAAAAAAUUUAAUUCAUUUCAUAAAAAUACCAAUUUUUAAUAUUUUGAUUUAUUAGUUACCCCUUUAAACUGUAUAAAUUUAAAUUUGUUCCUUAUUAAAUUAAAUUUUUUUUUUAAAAAUUUUAAAGAUCUCUAUUUUAUUAGAUUAUUAAUUUUUUUAAGCCUAGAUUGAUGACUAAAUCACUUCGGAUAGUUGAUUUCGAAGCUUUUUGUCGUCUCAAAGUCCCUGAAAACAACUUCAUUAGGUGCAUCUUCACAAGCUUUUGAUAACUAAUAUAUUUUUAUAUAUAUAAAAGUUGUAUGAUAUGAAAAUCGUUCGAUCAAGGAUGGGGGUUAAUUUCCCCAAUUUUUAGGAAUUUUUACAGUCAAUCGUUCGAUCAAGGAAAGGAUGGGGGGGGAGUAAGAUAUAUAUUUUUUUCAAAAUUAUAUUAAUAAAUUCUAAUUUAUAUAAAAUUUAUAUAGAAGAAGACGGUCAAAUUUUAGAAAGGACUGAUCUAACUGAAAACCAAAGAAACUGCGUGCUAAUGAGACAAGGCGAAAAACAGAUUUUACAUUGGUAUUUAAAAUUCGCCGAUUUAGCACUAGCUUUGUUAGAUGCAGAUCGAAAAGAGGUGAAAAAGGCAGCAAAAGGAAGCCCUUAUGAGUCUUAUUUAACACACUGCAUAAUACCUCUGAUAGGAAAAUAA